CAACCGCUCUCUCCUCCGACCCCAGGCCCUGCCCCCAACCACCAUGGCCCUGAGCAUCUACUGCACCUCCAUCACCGUCUUCUUCGUCCUCAUCAAGCUGGCCAACUACCGGCUGCACGUGAUGUUUGACCAGGGGGAGGCGCUGGUGCGAAGCAGUCUCUCGGACCUCAGCAAGGCCCCGGAGAAGAAGAGCAACGCUUCGGACCCCUGCCUGCAAGCCACUAUCAGCACAGUCCCAGACAGUGUUGCCAUGACUUUGUUGGUUCGUAACAGGCCCAGCCCAGUGAUCCAGGUUACAGUUAAACAGACUGAGACCGACCAGGGACUGAUUGGAGUAGAAUGUCCAAAGUCAGAUGAGGUGAACGAUACAGAAGGGCGUAAUCAGAGCACGGCGGACGACCUACCAGAGGGGCGUGUGCAGCCCGGCCAGGAGCUCUCCCCGGAAGAACUGUCCAGCCCCAACCCGGACCAGGCCACCCCUCUGCUGCAGGCCCAGCAGAGGCCCUCUUCCCGGGCUGGGGGGGACGGCACCAGGCCCGGGUCGGCCGCCAGCGCGGAGAAACGGGACGCCUCUUCCAGGACCGGGUGUGGCGGCGGCGGCGGCGGCGGCGGCGGCGGCGGCGGGACAGAGAGGGAGGAGGCGGACAUCCAGAGCCCCCUGACCGGCACCGACCGGCUGCUGUCGGAGCGGAGCAGGGCGGCGGAGAAGGAGAGGACGACGGUGACGGAGCCGGAGAAGGGGGGCAAUGUGGAGGAGGACGGGGGCGAGAGGGAGGCCGUGGAUGAGGGGCUGCCCUCCUCCCACGGCGGCGGCGGCAGCAGCAGCAGCAGCAGCAGCGGCAGUGGCAGCGAUGAGGGAGAAAGCGGCGAGGAGAGUGAGGGGCGCAAGGAGCCCUCCGACACCAACAACAACACGGUGGACGAGCCCCGAGACCACCUGGGGGCUAUAGUCGACAGCACUCCCCAGACCCCCUCCGAGUUCGAGGAGGCGGAGGAGGCCUACUGUUCGGACGAGAUCGCCGUGGUGCUGGUGGACAACUCGGGCUCCGGGUCCUCCGAGUCGGCGCCCCUGGAAUCCCGCGACACGGUGAAGAUCAUCAUCACCAUGAGCUGCGACCCGCACACGGCCGCGCGGCUGGAGGAGAGCGUGAAGCAGAGCAUCCUGGAGAGCACGCAGGCCCAGAAGGAGGCGGGGGAAUGCCACAUCAAGAUCCCCGUCAUCACCUUCGACUCCCUCGAGGAGGACGGGCAGAGAGCGGGACAGGAAGGGGCGGAGUCAGACGAGGAGCCCUCGCCCAGACUCUCCCAGUCGACCGUCCACAGUGAGGAGUUCCACCUGUGCAGGGAGACCACCAGCUCUGAGUCCCCCGUGACGGAGGGCCCCCCCGGGCGCCAGCAGAGACCCCCGCCGCCCAGCCUGCGUCUGGGGGAGGCCAGCGACAACGUGCUCAGCCCGCUGCUGACCAACGACAACAGCUCGUCGGGCGUGGAUCUGCACUCCCACCACGACGACUCGGACCCCCCGGAGCUCACCGUGGACUCGGAGGGCUUCCUGCGGCUGCCCCCCGCGCUGGGCCGCUACGGGCCCGGGGGCAGGACGCACGUCCGCGGCCUCAGCAUGGACAGCGGGAAGGACGCCGUGCUGCUGUCGGAGCGGUCGCACAACGCAACGGUAAUGACGAGUUCUAAAUCGGACCUGGAGGCCAAGGAAGGCCAGCUCCCCAACGAGUCCAACUUCCUGGAGUUCGUGUCUCUUCUGGGGUCCCUGAGCAGAGAGGGCGGGGCCAGCGCCCAGGAGGAGGAGAGGACGCAGCAGAGAGGGGACGCACACACUGCGGACCAGGAGGAUCCCAGUACAUCCGCCAAACCAAGCGAGGCCUUUUCUGAGACCAAAGGGGAAAGCCAGCGCAGGAGACCCAACCCCCCCACCAGCCUGGCCACAGACACCCUGCACGCCAUCCCCCCCGCGCGCAUCCCCAUCGUCUCCCCCGACAGUGCCUUAUUCGCACCCAGCCCUCAGACGGACCGGGAGAAGGACCCGGACUACGACUCCCUCCCGUCCCAGACCUCCCAGUCGGAGAGCUCCAUGCUGCAGGUCAUCUGCAGACCGGAGGCCACCAACAAGGAGGACGCGUACACCUUCCACACCGUGCACAGGGACCGGCCCCGUAAGCUCUAUGCAGAGAGGGCCCUCAACCUGCCCCUCGGGGCGGAGCUCAUCACCGGCAAUAUGUGUGACCUGCUAUCGACCUCUUCAAACUCCGAGGGUCAGGACGGCCUAGUGGGGGGCCACAUGGAGGGCCCGUUCCAGCGACGCAUCAUCCCUGCACACCGACUCCGGCCCCGCAGAACCCACCCAGAGAUCUUCCAGGAGGAAGACUCUCUGGACGAGUCUUCAGAAACAUCCACGCAAGAGAGACCGACUAGGAAGCUGUACUACAAGCUCAGACUGUUUCCUGGGAAGUGGGUCAACAUCCUGUACGACCGACUGACCCUGCUCGCGCUGUUGGACAGGAACCAGGAAGUUCUGGAGAACCUGGUGGCCAUCUUCAUGGGCUUCCUGGUGUCAUUCCUGGGCUUCCUGCUCUUGAACCGGGGCUGCUUCCAAGACUUCUGGGUAUUCCAGUUCUGUCUGGUCAUCGCCAGCUGCCAAUACUCAUUACUCAAGAGUGUUCAACCCGACGCGGCCUCGCCCACGCAUGGCCACAACCAGCUGGUGGCCUACAGCCGGGCGGCCUACUUCUGCCUGUUCUGCUCUCUGAUCUGGCUGCUGGAGCAGGUGCUGCAGACCAAGGACCUGCCCGUCUCCACGCUAUACGGGGUCACCAUCGCCUGCCACGACGCCCUGCACCUCCUCAGAGACCUGCUCCUGGGGAUCACCUACUGCUUCCCCAUCACCUUCCUGGUGGGCCUGCUGCCCCAGGUCAACACCUUCACCAUCUACCUGCUGGAGCAGAUCGACAUGCACUUCUUCGGAGGAACCGCUGCCACAGGCCUCCACUCUGCAAUAUACAGUAUCCUACGCAGUCUGGUAGCACUGUCACUGCUCUAUGGAUUCUGCUUCGGAGCCCUCAAGGAGCCCUGGGAUGAGCAGCACACCCCUGCUCUGUUCUCUGGAUUCUGUGGCCUCCUGGUGGUGUUCUCGUACCAUCUGAGCAGACAGAGCAGCAACCCCUCCACCCUACUAUCGCUGAUCAAGUCGAAGCUAGUUCCGGGGCUGGUGGACAACGAGGAAGAUGAAGAGGUGGAGUCACACAUCAAAGACCCCCUGCCGGAAAAGCUGCAGAACUCGAUGAAAGAGAUCCUCAUGUCAGACAUCGUGGUCUGCUCCGUGGCCUACAUCCUGACCUUUGCCCUCACCGCCAGCACGGUCUUCCUCUCCCUGAAGCCCUUUGUGACCAUCGUGCUGUACGCGCUGGCCGGGACGGUGGGGCUGGUCACCCACUACCUCAUCCCCCAGCUGAGGAAGCACCACCCCUGGCUGUGGCUGUCCCACCCUGUCCUCAAGACCAAGGAGUUCCACCAGUUUGAGCCCAGAGAGGACGCGGUGCUGAUGUGGUUCGAGCGGCUGUACGUGGGCCUGCUGUGCUUCGAGAAGUACGUGGUGUACCCCGCCAUCGUGCUGAGCGCCCUCACCAACGACGGCUUCUCCCUCAGCCACCGCAAGAGGCUGGGCAUCCACGGCGAUGUCCUCCUCACCACGGUGGCCGGGCUGAAGCUCCUGCGCUCGUCCUUCUGCGACCCCAGCUUCCAGUUCCUCACCCUCCUCUUCACGCUCAUCUUCUUCCACUUCGACUGCCCACGCGCCUCCGAGAGCUUCCUGCUCGACUUCUUCCUCAUGUCCAUCAUCUUCCACAAGAUGCGGGAGCUGCUCCUUAAGCUGCACUUCAUCCUGGUGUACAUCGCCCCCUGGCAGAUCGCCUGGGGCAGCGCCUUCCACGCCUUCGCCCAGCCCUUCGCCGUGCCCCACUCCGCCAUGUUGCUGCUGCAGACGCUCCUGACCACCAUCUUCUACACGCCCCUCUCCCCCUUCCUGGGCAGCGCCAUCUUCAUCUCCUCCUACCCCCGGCCCGUCAAGUUCUGGGAGCGCAACUACAACACCAAGCGCAUCGACAACUCCAACAGCCGGCUGGUGUCCCAGGUGGAUAAGGAGACAGGCUGUGACGACAACAACCUGAACUCCAUCUUCUACGAGUACCUGACGCGCUCACUGCAGCACUCGCUGUGCGGGGACCUGCUGCUGGGCCGCUGGGGGAACUGCAGCGCGGGGGACUGCUUCAUCCUGGCCUCCGACUACCUCAACGCCCUGGUGCACCUCAUCGAGAUCGGCAACGGCCUGGUCACCUUCCAGCUGCGGGGCCUGGAGUUCAGAGGGACGUACUGCCAGCAGCGGGAGGUGGAGGCCAUCACGGAGGGUGUGGAGGAGGACGAGGCGUGCUGCUGCUGCGAGCCGGGCCACCUGCCCCACGUGCUGUCGUGCAACGCGGCCUUCAACCUGCGCUGGCUGGCCUGGGAGGUGACGGCCACCAAGUACCUGCUGGAGGGCUACAGCAUCAGCGAGAACAACGCCGCCACCAUGCUGCAGGUGUACGACCUGCGCAAGCUGCUCGUCACCUACUAUCUCAAGUGCAUCAUCUACUUCCUGGCCCAGUCCCCUAAGCUGCAGGGCUGGCUGCAGGACUCCAGCCUGCAGGAGGCGCUGCAGUCCUACACCAAGUGGCACCACAUCGAGCGCGACCCGCAGGUGUUCAGCGUGAAGAUCGACGAGGACUACGUGCACUGCCUGCAGGGGGUGACGCGCGCCAGCUUCUGCAACGUGCACCUGGAGUGGCUCCAGUACUGCGCCGGCAAGAUGGAGACGCCUGUGCCCAGUGAUGAGGACUCCACCCUGGUGACCCUGGCCUACGCUCUGUCGGUGUUGGGGAGGAGGUCUCUGGGCACCGCCUCACACAACAUGUCCAACAGCCUCGAGUCCUUCCUGUACGGCUUCAACACGCUGUUCAAGGGGGACUUCCGCAUCGCCACUAAGGACGAGUGGGUGUUUGCCGACAUGGACCUGCUGCAGAAGGUGGUGGCGCCGGCCGUCAGGAUGAGCCUCAAACUACACCAGGACCACUUCACCUGCCUGGAGGAGACGGAGGAGGCGUCGGUGCUGUACGACGCCAUCACCACCUACCGCAGCAGCCUGGUGAUCUGCCACGAGAGCGACCCGGCGUGGCGCGAGGCGGUGCUGUCCAGCCGCGACACGCUGCUCACGCUGCGCCACAUGAUGGACGAGGGCGCCGACGAGUACAAGGUCAUCAUGCUGUACAAGCGCCACCUCAGCUUCAAGGUCAUCAAGAUCAACAAGGAGUGUGUGCGUGGCCUGUGGGCGGGACAGCAGCAGGAGCUGGUCUUCCUGCGAAACAGGAACCCAGAGAGAGGAAGCAUCCAGAACUCCAAGCAGGCACUGAGGAACAUGGUGAACUCGUCCUGCGACCAGCCCCUGGGCUACCCCAUGUAUGUGUCGCCGCUGACCACGUCGUACGCAGGCACCCACCGCACGCUGCGCACCAUCGGGGGAGGGGCCCUCACCAUGGACGCCAUCCGCUCCUGGCUCUGCUCCAAGUGGCUCCGGGUGCGUAAAGACAACCUGACCAGCUGUAACAGCGGCGUGAACAUGGAGGACGUGGACUGUGCCGCCGGAGGCUCCUCCUCCCUGAGCAACAACCACCCCUCGUCCAUGACCUCCAACAGCCUGAGCCUGUACCAGCACCGCACGCGCACCACGCGCCCCCACCGGCACCGCAACGCAGCCAGGAGAGAGUACCGUAGCCGGUCAGUGCAGCCCCAAAGCCAACGCCCCCCCGUGACCAGCCAAUCAGGGCCCAUCCUAGAUUCAGGCUCCGCCCACGGGCUGGUACAGCGCCUCUCAAACAGUCAGCUGUCCUUCAACACCUCCAUUGCCUCCAUCUUCUCCCAGGUUCCCCGUCUCUCCGGGGCCGGGGGGAUCAGCUCCCAGCUGCAGGCAGCGCAGCAUCAGCAGCGCUCCAGCCAGGUGUCGUCGUCCUCGUCCACGCUCAGCCUGCUCUUUGGGAAGCGUAGUUUUUCCAGCGGUCUGGUGAUCUCUGGCCUGUCGGCGGCCGAGGGAGGCAACACCACCGACACACAGUCCUCCUCCAGCGUCAACAUCGCCAUCGGAACGUCGCAUCGCUCCAGCAGCCGGGCCACACAGUGGACGUCGGAGCCUUACGAAAGCAUCGACGCCACCAACUCAAACGUCCCCCCCGGCCCUAAAGACGGCACGCAGUCAGCUGACCGGGGAGGCAGCCAGGGGUUGGAUAAGAGCCAGGAGGACGAGGGCCCUUCCUCGCCUGUCCCCGACGCGUCCGAAAAGACUGUCUGACACAGAACGCAAAGAGUGUGUGUGCACCACACUCUCUCAACCAUGCGCAGAAAAGACUGUAUGCCGGAAGAUCACGCCAACACACACACACACACACACACACACACACACACACACACACACACACACACGUGUGCAGAUGAAGAUUGUACGAGGUUCUGUGAACACAGCACCUGCUCCCGUCAUCCUGAGCAUGGGCUCACCUUCUCGUCUGAAUGUCCCCCCAAAAAAAGAAAGAAUCCAACUCAGACACCGUGAUCAAAUAAAGAGUUUUUAAAUGAA